CUGUAUCUAUAUUUGUGCUACCUAGUACCAUGAAGAUAUUGUUGUUUUAGGUUGAUCACUAAGCUGUGUUGCUAGGUGACUAUAACAAGACCUGCUUUUUGAUUUAUGGCCAAUAAUCAAGGUGUUGUUUGAGCAAAGGCUAAUUUUGCUCUUGACAUUUAUGGAACCUGUGUUUUCUCAGUUCAAACUUAACAAAACUCAAGAUGUUUAAAGCUUUGAAUAAACCCUGAUGGCAUGAAAACUUUAGCCAAAUUAAAUGAUUUACUUCAGAGGUUGCUGACACAGCUCAUAGUACUGACUUUAGAGAUUUAUUGUGUAUAUAACUUGUGUGGCAGGUUUGUCAGGGCGGUGCUGAACAUGUUCAGGAGUAACAGCCCCUUUGGAAAUGACACCAGCAGCUUCACGGGAUCGAUCCAGUCCAAUGGUUUCUCUUUGGAUGAGGUUUCCUCCCAGUUCUCAAGUGUGUCGAGGCCCAGUGCAAAGUCAAUUUAUUUGCAGAGGAUGGAGUAUGCAGAGUCAGUCAACAAGAUGAUGAACACAUUUCAGUACAGAGUGGAGCACUUGUUCACUUGUGACCUGGAUGGGAAGGGGUUGAGAAGCGUGGCGGACUGCGUGGAGAGGCUGAAGCUGCUGGACGGGAUGGGCCGCGUGUGGGGUCAGAACAUGCAGUUGGAGGUGCGAGCUGCCAACCUGCUGCUCACGGACAUUGAAACCAAGGAGGAGCUGGAGUCCAUGGCUUUCAGCGACAUCCUGGACCUUCAGGCUGUGCUCGACUCUGGAGUGUUUAAGUCCCUGCUCACAGUGUCGGUGCGGCCUAAGGGGAAACAGACCACCACCGUCUUUAUGUUUCAGUGUGAAGAAGUCCGGGCGGACUACGUCCAGAGGGAUCUGCUGGGAGCGUUGUCUCGUAUGAGCAGCAAUGCAGGACUAAUAGCAGGACAGCAGGGAAUGAAAAACCUUCAUAACGCUGCAAAAUCUAAUGAACCUAAAGAGCGGAAGCUUGUUGUUGACUCAGAGCCCCAGUGGAUGGCUCCCGACUAUGAGGAGAAUUACUUCCUGGAGCCUGAACUGGUUGUACCUCAGAGGGGGGAGGAGGAGGACGAGGUCCCAUCGCCGCCUCAGUCAAUCAACAAAGAAGAACCUCGUUCUACCUCGCGGCCGUACACCGACCUGGACAGGAACGUAGAUAUCUUGAAUCAUGUUUUAAGUGACAUAGAAAUCUUCAUGGCCAAAGUAACUGCAAUAGUAGCUAAAAACACAAAGAAAAAGAAGAAAAAGAAAAAAGGAAAAGCCAUGGACGGGAUGCCGCCUGCAGCAGAAUUUAAAGUGUGUUUGCAUAAAAUCAAAUAUGGUUUCAACCUUGUGGGGGAGCUAAACGGAACGAUUGAUAAUCCCAGUGCUCCUGACUUUGUUCACUCCUUAUUCUCCACGUUAUCAUUCCUGCUGUCUCACUGCGCAGACGAUCUGCCUGAGACCAUCGUGGCCCCUCUGCUGACGCCUCAGAGCAUCCGGCUCCUGAGUGAAGAAGCCUCUGCAGAGGAGGACAAGCUGUGGCAGUCUCUAGGAGACGCCUGGAACAUCCCCAGCACCAAAUGGCCAGAAGCCGACGAGGACAUCCCGACGUACACUCUGGAGUUUUCUGACGGCUGGCAGCCUCCCGAUGUGACUGCUGCGCCUGAAUCUUAUGAGCCAAUCAGAAGGGAGGAGCAUCAACGACCUGCACCCAGCCGGGUCGACCGUCACCCCGAGCAUCCAACUUCUACCAAGUGGACGCCACCGCGCCCCCCUCCACAAAAGUCACGCUCAGAUGAGUCGAAAUUGCGUAGCAUGCUCGUUACGAAUGACUUCAUCUCAAGAAACCAGAGAGAGCUCACCGUCAGAAAAGGGGAAACGGUGGAGCUGCUGGACAAGUCGAAGCUGUGGUGGAAGGUGAGGAACAGCAGAGGGGAGGAGGGGUUCGUACCCAACAACGUCCUGGGGGCUCCUGAGGAGAUGGACACCGCUAACGCAACACAGCAUACUGGAGGCGCUCCUGUCCUCACAAAGAAGUCCAGGCCGGCAGAAGUGAAAGCCUGGCUGGAAGACAAGGGCUUCAGUAAAAUCACGGUUCGCUGUCUGGGGGGGCUGAGCGGCUCCAUGCUGCUGGGGAUGACCAGAGAGGAACUGAAGACCGUGUGUCCAGAGGAAGGGGGGCGGGUCUUCUUCCAGUUACAGGCGGUCAAGUCCGCUAUUUCCUUUUAAAAACAAAGAGAGAGACCAACGAGAGGACACCAGAGGAGGAAAAGAAAUCACGUGGGCCGAAACAAGUCACCAAUGUCACCAAAUACUCUCAAAUUCAGCAAUAAAAAGCGAGGUAGUUUACAGCUGGUUUGCCAUGAUAUGGAAUCCUAUGAAACUUUGUAGCAAAUAAUAUAAAUGUCCUUUAGAAGUGUAUAUUAUUUUCCAUCUGGCAUAAUUCAAAAAUGUUAACAACUGAUUAAGUUAUAGCAAUACUAUAUACUAUACUACUAUACAUACUAUGUAAGUAUUUAGCAAAGUGAAUAAGUUGUAUAACACAAAAUGGGGAAAAGCAAAUAUCCUGAUGUAUGUGGUCAUAAUUUAACUUGUAAAUAAAAGUUAUCGAACAAAG